GAAAAAUCUUAUGAUUUUUCUUAUCCAGGAAAAUCUUAUCCAGGAAAAGUAUUUUUUUAAACUCAACAUCUAUUCUUUAUAAACAUACUUAGCAAACUAGCAAGAAAUAAAAGUUCUUUAAUGUGAAAAAUGUAAUCUACCACAAAAUCAAUAAAACCAAAGAAAGAGAUCUACAGUGAGCAUCUUAUAUAAAUAGUAAAAACAUUGAAAACUUUCCCCCAAGACUAAGAAUAAGAUAAAAAUGCACUUUUAUUCAGUGUUGUGCUGGAGGCCCUGAACAAUCAAAUUAAUGCAACUGAGUAAAUAAAGGUAUAAAGACUAGAAAAGAGAAAGGCACAAUUUUUUUUCAUAGAUGUGUGGUGAUUUGAAUGAAAAUGGCCUCCAUAGGCUUUUAGGGAGUGGCACUAUUAGAAGGUGUGGCCUUGUUAGAGUAAGUGUGGCCUUGUUGGAGGAAUUGUGUCACUGUGGGGUGAGCUUUAAGGUUUCAAAUGCUUAAGCCAGGUCCAGCGUCUCCCUCUCUCUCUCUUUCUUCUGACUACGGAUCUGAAUGUAGAACUCUCAGCUCCUUCUCUAGCUCCAUGUCUGCCUGCAUGCUUCCAUGCUUUCUGCCAUGAUGGCAGUGGACUAAACCUCUGAACUGUAAGCCAGCCCCAAUGUUUUCCUUUGUUUAGUCAUGGUCAUGGUGUCUCUUCAUAGCAAUAGAAACCCUAACUAGGACAAUAUAGUUGCUGUAUUGAUAGAAAAUGAAUCUACCAGCAAAUUAUAUAAUCAAUAAGUGAACAUAAAGGCUGCUGGAUAUAAACUUUAUAUAGAAAAAAAUCAAUUGUAUUUCCAUAUAUUAGCAACAAGUAGGUAAAUGCAUUUUUUUAAUUCAAUUAGCAAAGGAAUCAAGAAUACCAAACACAGAAAUUGAACAAGAGAUAUGUAAGUUCUUUCCACUAAAAAAUUAAAAAAAUGGGGCUGGAGAGAUGCCUCAGUGAUUAAGGGCACACACUGCUUUUACAGAGGACCUGACUUCAAUUCCCAAUACCCACAUCAAGAACCCACAAAUGCCUGUAACUUCAGCUCCAGGGGAUCCAAUGCCCUCUUGUGGCCUCCAUGGGCACCUGCACUCACACAUGCACAUAUCCAUAUACAGACACACAUUAUCAAAAAAGUAAAAAAAAUAAGUCUAAAAAGAGACUAAAAAGUGCAAUAAACAGAAAUUUCUAAUACAUAAGCAAAUGGAGACUAUUUUUUACAAAUUAAGUUAUAGAUUUAAAAAACCUGAUCAAAAGUUCUGGCUGGAUUUCCUUACUGAAAUUCAAAAUUUGAUUGUAAAAUUCAAAUAGAAGUACAGAAGAGCAAUAUUAUCCACAAUAAUCUUGAACAAGACUGGAAAUAUUACAUGAUAGUAUCAAGACCUGUUAUAAAGCCUUCAUAGUUAAGAUACUAUAGAAUUGGUACAAAAAUAGGCAAGUGGAGCCUAGUCAUCGGAUUGACAGUAACAACAAUACAUUGCCUGGGAUAGGUGGGCUUUCCAAUAAACUGGGUGAAUCAAUUGGAUACACAUGUGAAAAAUAACAUACCUUGACCUCUAUUCUAUCUCUAUUUUUUUUAAAAAAUUCUAGAUGGACUCCAGGCACAAAGAGAAAUAUGAAGCAAAAAUAUAUUAGAGAACACUUAAAUUUUUUUUUCUUAUUGGAAUAACUGAUGGUUUCCUGCAUAGGACACAUAAAGCACUUUCUGUUUGUUUUUUAAAGAUGUAGCUUGGUGUUCUUGUGGGACUCCUAACAGUGGGAGUGGGGACUGUCUCUGAUUCUUUUGCCUGCUCUUGGGACCCUCACCUCCUACUAUGUUGCCUCAUCCAGCCUUGAUAUGGGAGGUUUGUGCCUAGUCUUAUUGUGUUCAGUUGAUGUACCUGGGAGGCCUGCUCUUUUCUGAAGGGAGGAGAAGUGGAUCUGGGGGAGAGGGAAGGUGGGGGAACUGGGAGGAGUGGAGGGAGGUGAAACUGCUGUCAGGAUGUAUUGUAUGGGAGAAGAAUAAAUUUUUAAAAAAAUAAAAUUUAAUUUAAAGAAAGAGAAACAAAAAUCCACGGAUUGUAGUAGAAUGAGAAUUUCAAGACAUCAGAAAACACCAUGAAGAAAAUGAAAAUGCUACCCGUGGACAGCAAGAGGAUAUUAAAUAAAACGUAUUUCUCAAAAUAGUCUCGGAAUAUUAAGGAAAGGGUAGGAAAACCAACUGAAAAGCAAGCAGAAGUCUUCCACACACUUCAUAAAAGACUGGCAUCCAAGUGACCAAAACAGCCAAUUAGUCAUCAGAGAAAUUUCAAGUUAAAAACCACAAUGUGUUACUUUGAUACACAUUCUAAAAUGUCUUAAAACUUUUAAUUGGAAAUAAAAAUACUGGCAAAGAGGUGUGCCUCUUAGGACUCUCAAAAGCUGUUUGUGAAAGUAUAAACAACCACCUGGAAAAAUAUAAAGGUGACCAUAUGCAUGGCACUGUGACCAGCAAUCCUCUUCUGAGCAUGUAUCCAACAUAAAUAGACACAUAUGCCCACUAUAAGAUACAAAUUACAAGGUUCACAGAAACAUUAUUUUAGUAGCCAGAACCUGGAAGCCCAAAUGACUAUCAGUGUGUAUAGCACAAGUAUGUAUAUGUUUCUAUAAUAAAAUGGAAUGGAUAUCUGAUUCACAUAACAACAUGGAUGAAUCUCAAAAGUAUUUUGAACCGUGAAUCCAAAUAUCAAGAAAUUAAUAUAAUUUCAUGAAUAUAGAGCACAAAAACAAGCAACAAACUGGGUAAUUUUCAUAUACAUAGGAGUCAUGUUUGGCAGCAAAUAAAUGUCUUUUCCCACUAAGCCAUCUCACACUACAAAAUAAGAACUGCUGUUUCCUUUUGUGGGGUGGAGAAGAGGAUGGAGGUUCCAAAGAGUAGUUGGACCCAGGGCCUCACAAAUGCUAGGCAACUGAGCUAUACUCCUGAGCUAUAUCCCUGGCCCUCCAUCUUUAAGGUGUUAAAAUUGCAAAACUAAUCUAUGCUACUAGAAGUUAGGGUAGCAACUACCUUUGGGGAAGUGAGAACUGUUAGAAGGAACAGUAACACUUCACAGUGUCUGUGGAGAGGACUCAAAUGUUCUGCUUCCUGAUCAGAGGAAGCAUUACCAAACUGCACGUGUGGGCAUGUUAUACUAUGUAUGUAUAGUAUACUUCAAAAAGACAAAUAUUUUUGAGAAUCAAAAGACUAUAUAGGCAUAACAACCUACCAUAAACAUUGACAAAAUUGGAUGUAAUUUAAAGUUGCAGAAAUGAGACUCCAGAAAGGGUAAUGGAGGGCAGAAAAAAAGCAUUCCUUUUGUGGUCCAGAUACCUAAAUCAUUAGUAUGCACGAGGCAACUCUAAAUUAGGGUGGGCCUCUAGCCAGUGAGAUGAGGGAAAGGCUGGCCCAGCCUAAACAUCUGUGGCCACAGAAUAAAAGUAUUUAUAGAGACCCAUAUACUACAUACAUCUAAAAAACGAAAAAGUAUCAACCAAGCUAACAAAAUUGUUGUAUAUGUUCUACCUGACUAGCUUCACACACACACACACACACACACACACACACACACACACACACACACACACACACACACACACGCUUUUUUAAAGGAUCAAUUUAGAACCAUUGCGCUAUCCCAGGUCUCUAUUCCAAUACAGCCAAGUCCCACACUAAACGUGGGAGCUCACAAUUGCAUGUGUGGACAUGUCAGGGCUUUUAAACUCCAAUCAUACUAGGUAGCUGUUCCUUAGACCUUGAGUGUACACCCACACAGUCGUCAUCCCUUCAGAAGGUGUACCUGAGCCUGAGAAAGGGGCCCACACCGGCCCUGGAAGCAGACCAAGGCCCAUGGGUAAGGAGUUGCAAAGCCGAGGAUGCUGUAAAGUAGUUUGAAGAGCACACAGGUUCUGCAUAGCACAGAAUGGGCACAUCCCAUCAACCCACGUACUCUUUGUCCCCCAGGAAUAACAGAGCCAAGGAAGGCCAAAAGGAGGCCAGUUAAGGGCCUUCAUUUCCAAGUUUAAGGGCAGUGCUAUAGACAAGACUGUCUUGUUCUCCAACCCAACCACAUGAUGCCAACUUGACCUGAUACUUGAGUACUAGUCCACUUUCUGUCAGCGUGAAAAAGUACCGGAUAUAAUCAACUUAAAGGGAAGAAAGGUGGAGAUGGGGGUCGAGAUCAUCACACCCGAGGCCUCCUCGUUACAAAGGGAAAACACGAAGGGAGGAUAUGUUUAUUUAGUUCAUGGUUCCAGAAUCUGUAGUCACUUGGCUCUGUAGUGUUGGGCCUGUGGUGGACAGUGACUCAUGGCAGAAGUACACAGGGAAAAAAGAAGCUGUUUAUUUCAUGGUGGCCAAGAAGCAAGUGUAAGACAAAGUGCCUGAGGGUUCCAAUAUCCCCAUCAAGGACAUGCCCCAGUGGCCUAGGUCCAACCUUUCAAUUGCCCCACCUCGUCCCCAGAGUGUCACAGGCUGGCAGCCAAGCCUUUAACACCUGGGCCCUGUGGACACUUACCAAAAUGUAGGCGUUCCCUUUGCUUAAAAAGCUAGCGAGCACGUUCUCAUAUACACAUCCAAGCCCCGUGGUUUCUCACAGGCUGAAUCUUGAGAGAAGAGAAAACUUAGACAAAGCGACUUGCCUGAAAUCAUGCAGUUGAAACAUACACACUGUUGGGUCCUUUCCUUCCAAAGGUCAAAGAUCGUGCUCUUCCCACUACUCCACACUGUCAGGCCUCCCCCUGCUUCCUAGAGAAAGGGCAAGCUCGAUGGAACUGAAAACUGUAAAUAACACUCCCGAAAGAAGACCAGAGUGGGGGAAGGCAAGCUAACAUCAAAUGCAGGGCAGUUUCUGGGAAGGAGUCUGGACCUAAGGCGACACUCAUCACCGGGACAAAGUCCGCUCUAUAGGGGUAACUAUCCUCGCUGAAUCCUGGGGGCGCCAUUCCCACCCCAAACCACAAAAUGAGAGCCCUCAACACGUUUAAGCAAUCUCCACCCAAAUUCCACACCAAUUACAUGGGGGGCUGAGCCCACGGCCCCUCCUUCUCUCGACCACUCUGCUGAAAAUACUGUAUUAAUCAGAGGGCAGAAUAAAGCCACAGGGCUUCGUCCUCUGGGACACAACCCAGGCAAGCAGCCCGGCACCAGGCACACGAGAAGCCUGACCCUCCUCCAAAGAGGACCCACCGAGGCUGCGCCUCCCUCUAAUUGCCUGAGUGUCUGGCUCAGAGCCUGGACAGUUGUGUAGAGAACCGUCUGCCUGGUCCUAGCACGGGGUAUGUGAGGCUGGGGCUGCGGCACUGUCGGCUACAGACUAACUCCGGGAAGCGGUCUCCACUUCACCCCCACUGUCCCUGGAUUGCUAAGGGUGGCAGCCUCCCCUGUACCCCCGAGCUCGGCAGCAUCAUGUCACUCGCCCACACUGCGGCAGAGUAUAUGCUCUCUGAUGCCCUGCUACCCGACCGCAGGGGCUCUCGCCUCAAGGGACUGCGGCUGGAACUGCCCCUGGACAAGAUGCUCAAGUUUGUUACGGUGGGCUUCCCCUUGCUGCUGAUGUCUCUGGCCUUUGCCCAGGAGUUCUCAUCAGGGUCUCCCAUCAGCUGCUUCUCUCCCAGCAACUUCAGUGUCAGACAGGCGGCCUAUGUGGACAGCUCCUGCUGGGACUCACUGGCUCACCAUAAGCAGGACGAGGCUGGCCAGUACAAGGUGAAGUCUCUCUGGCCUCACAAGGCUCUCCCCUACUCUCUACUGGCCCUGGCUGUGGCCAUGUAUCUGCCAGUGCUGCUGUGGCAAUAUGCAGCUGUGCCCGCCCUCAGCUCUGACCUGCUGUUCAUCAUCAGUGAACUUGACAAGUCCUACAACCGCUCCAUCCGCCUGGUGCAGCACAUGUUGAAGAUCCGGCAGAAGAGCUCCGACCCCCACGUCUUCUGGGAUGAGCUAGAGAAGGCCCGGAAAGAACGGUACUUUGAAUUCCCCUUGCUAGAGCGGUAUCUGGCGUGCAAGCAGCGCUCCCAUUCGCUAGUGGCCACCUACCUCCUGAGGAACUCCCUCUUACUCCUCUUCACCUCAGCCACUUACUUAUACCUUGGCCACUUCCAUUUAGAUGUCUUAUUCCAAGAAGAAUUCAGCUGCUCCAUCAAGACAGGGCUACUCCAUGAUGAGACCCAUGUGCCAGAUCUGAUCACAUGCAGGCUGACUUCCCUGUCUGUUUUCCAGAUUGUAAGUCUGUCCAGUGCAACAGUAUACACCGUACUGGUUCCAGUGAUAAUCUACAACCUUACACGACUGUGUCGGUGGGACAAACGACUCCUCUCCAUCUAUGAGAUGCUCCCAGCUUUUGAUCUCCUCAGCAGAAAGAUGCUGGGAUGCCCCAUUAAUGACCUCAAUGUGAUCCUUCUUUUCCUCCGAGCUAAUAUCUCUGAGCUCAUCUCUUUUAGCUGGCUGAGUGUCUUAUGUGUGUUGAAGGACACAACCACCCAAAAACACAACAUUGACACAGUAGUCGAUUUUAUGACUUUAUUGGCCGGGUUAGAACCCUCAAAACCUAAACAUCUCACCCAACAGGUAUGUGAUGAACACCCAUAGUUAAGAAAGAAACCAUGGAGAGAUAAGUUUUGUCUAAAGUAACUCUCCUUCUUCACAAGCUGUACAGAGUAAAAGACCAAAAAAUAAAUAAAUAAAGAUGUGAUGAUGAUGAUGAUGAUGAUGAUGAUAUCCACUUAAAAUCGAUAAGAUUGGAUUAGGCUGAAUAUCCUGUAUUUUUAAGAAGAUAGAAUCAAUGCAUGAAAAUUCAAUGUGAAGUCUAGAAAAGAGUCAAAGAUCUGAAAAAUUAGGUCUAGAGCAUUCUGAGGACAGUGACACUGAAUGAAUUGAAGUCUAGACACUGAACACAGAAAGAUUCUAAAGGUCAUUUAUAGAGGAAAGUUCUCACAAUAGCUACUCACUCUAGAAGUCAUGACUGCCUCACCCCAAUGAGCAGGUAGAACAAUUUAGUAAGAGAUUAAUAAGAAUAUGAAACCCCUGGAAACACUUUGAUUUUGCUUGUCAUCUGGCUCUGUAGACAUCUUCAGCCUUGCCAAGCCCUCCAUGGCCAGCAAAGUGAGACAACUUAAUUUGUAAUCUGCUCUUGGGAUGUAAGGACAGAAGAAAAGGCCAUGAACAGAAUCUUUAAGGAUCAAAUUCACUUUUUAUUAUAUAAACUAAAGCUGCUUUUCGACAAGGGCUCAGAUUAUGGACUGUGAACAUUUUCAUAAAUCUUAAUAGUUCAAGGGAUACUACACCUUCACUUACAGCCAACAAUUGAAGGCCAGUAGAUUAAGGGGCUUGCUGCCAAGCCUGAUGACCUAAAUUCAAUCCUGGGACCCAAAUGGUAGGAGAAAACCAACUCUUACAAAUUAGAUUCUGAUCUCCACAUGAAAAUAAAUAAAUAAAUAAAUAAAUAAAUAAAUAAAUAAACAAACAAAUAAACAAAUGUUAAACAUGAAAAUCACAUUGGUUCACUUCUGUAUAUUCUCCAAUUCACGAGUCCAUCCUUGCAUCUAACUACCAAAGCUUUGCUCUGAUUCCAUAGGCUGUGCUUUACCCACAGUACCAUGGUGUCUCUUAAUGAACAUUUUUUAAGCUCUAUGUUAUAUAUUUCUUGAGAGAAUUUUUAUACAAGCCAUUUAUAUCCUUCUUCAUAUAGGUGAGUAGAAAAGCCAUGUUGCUUCUGACAAAUUAAGGUAAAUUUACCUAAAGCAGGCCAAGAUCUUAUAGAUGCUCACCGAUGACAUUCAUAAAAGUUCAACUGCCCAGUGAGUACAGAAGACUUUCGUGAUCUGCACGCUGCCUACUGCUCCAUUCUCUGCUCUUGCUUCCCCAUUAGGUAAAAAGAUGGCUAUGAGUAGUGGAGCAGGGAGAAAGGAGUCCGAGAAGACAGCCCAAGCGUGUUUGUACAACUUAACAAACUGCUUUAAAACUCUGCCCUCGGCUUUCAAUUUUAAAACUAACAGAAUGGCUGUACUAUGGAACAACAUAACCUUCUGAACUGACAGUCAGACGUGAGAUCAGUCACGGCACUUUGAAAAGCAUCAGAUAGGAGAGAAUCAAAACAAACAACAGCAACAACAGAAGCACGGCUGCAUUUUAGUAGUUGUGUCUUCUGACUGCCAGAAUGUUUCUUUGCAGUUAGACAUCCUUGAAGCCACAGAUAAGUAGUUCUUGCUAUAUCAAAAACCAAAACACCAGAGCACUUCACCACACCUGUACCUUAGCAAAGAUCUCUGUCCGCAAAAGAUCUCAGCUUCAAUAUUGCUAUAAUGAAGUAGUUCUGAUAACACCACCUCCUCCUCCUCUUUCUUCCCUUCCUCCUUCGCCUUCACCUUCUGUCCCCACCCCUUCAACCCACCACUGCCAUGGAUAUUUCUAGAGGAUCAUGGGAAGAAAUACCAUAAAAAGGAAAUCUGACCCAUCAUGCUUUGGGAGGAAAAGCAAGUCACCUUACCCUAUGAAGAUGCUACCCACCUCUAACUUCUUAAAAAUCCACAACAGAGAACCCUCUGAACUUCUGUCCAUAUAUAUACACCCUCAAACAGCCCACUUUAGUCUCUCUUUGGAAGGCUUGCUUUGCGUUGCUAAAUAAACUACUGCUUAAACUCUGUGUCUCUAGACUGAAUUCUUUCCUUCCACAAGACUAGAAGCUAGAAGCCAAGCCCACAACAGCUGCACACAGCUUUCACCGUAAUCAGCUACUUGCAGUACCCAUGCUUCUCAUGACACAGUGUUUGGACACGCAGUCUUGCCUCCAGGGUGGACGUCUCUGCCCUUUGCUGUACCAACAACUACUUCUACUUUCGGGUGCCCAGGAGUAGCUCCUUCAAGAAUCCUUCCUGUUUUCUCCCUCUUUCCCUAGAUGGUUGCUAAGCAAAAUCGACUUCAGAAAUAAACAUCCAGACUAUAUCAAUAUUGCAAAUGUAUUUGUCUUCCUUCUUGAAUGAGGUUUUCUAACAGUUGUGUCAUAGUAGGCACUAAUCUGCUUAAGUCGGUAGAAGAAAACAAGUUUGUCAGUAGCAUCCCAGACUUUGGAACGCAGAAACUCGUGUACAUAGUCCAACAUCAAAGGGCCUUGGCCACAGAGAUGUGUGUCACACGAACUGACCAAAAAAAGCCAAACAACGUAGAAAUAAUUGUGCAUAAGACAAUAUAGCCAUAGCUGAAACAGUUAAAAAAGACAUUUAAAUUAUGCCUACAGGACUGAGGAGAUAGCUCACAGGGUACAGUACUCACUGCACAAGUAUUGGACACUAAUUUCAGAUCCACACCACUCACCUGAAACGCCCAGUUGGCAGUGUACAUCUAUAACCCCAGCACUGGGGAGCCAAGGCAGGCAGACUUCUGGAACUCAAUGGCCAGUCAUUCUAACCAAAAUGGUUGCAGACUCAGUGAGAAAAAAAAAUGCCUUUAAAAAAUGGAAAAGCAACUGAAGAAGACAUUCAGAAAUCAAUCCCUGUCCUCCGUAUGCACCUACACAGGUGAAUGCACCUUCACACUCAGGUGCACACACACUCAUACCACAUACACACCAAAAAAAGAAAAAGCAGUGCUUUCAAAGAGGUCGUAACUCUUUAAAGGAUGAUAACAAAUAGGCAAAAAGAAACAUUCUAUUCAGUAUGGUCUAUCUUUUGUGAAAAUAUCAAACACAUGUACUAAAAUGUUAACAGUACGUCAUUCAAAGGGGCGGCAUUAUGGGUUUCUUGGGGGGGAUGUUGUUUUUGGUUUUGGUGGUGGCAGCUUUUUGUUUGUUUGUUUUUGCAUUGGUCUGAUGAUGGAGGUCAAAGGUUUAACAUGAAGAGGAUCAAGCUCAAAAU